AUUCUGCUUAGUUCAUUUAUUUUAUUGAGUUGCGUCAGAGCUACGCAGGGUUCUCCAGGUGUUGCUAGCCUUCAAAAUCCAUCUGCUAACCUCUGAGAGAAUUUCUUCAAGUCUAAAAAAAUUUUGUGGCCGGUGAAUAACAGAAUGGAUGAGGUGGAGAAAAGCAGUCAUGAGAACGGGAACGUUGACAAUGUUGAGCAAGAGCACAAUCCACUCAGGGCACAGCAGCAUAAUCACUGUGAUACUACAGAGGAAGUUUGCCACACGUCCCAACAAAAUGGCCUCGUCUUUGAUGAGAGCUCUGCUCAAGCAGAUGGAUCUGCUGCCCUGAGGGAGCAGCAGAAGGGGGAGUGCCACCACAAAGCUCAGGAACAGAAGGAUAGACGGGAGAUGGAACAAAAGCUUGUGGAAAAGGAACAAGAGAUAAAUUGCCUCCGCAACACUUUGGCUGACGUUGAAACCCUCACCGUGUUCGUCAGCAAGUCGUGGAUGGAUGCUUACGAACAGCUUACCAAAAGAUUUGAAGAUGACGCCAACAACAUGGCGGCAGCCAUAAAUGCGGAGUGGCACAAGUGGUGGGUCUACAGAGAGCAGGAGACUGCCGAACAGUUUCAGACGCAGCGGGAGAACAUGCAGUGGCACAUGGAUGACAUGGCGGUCCAUUUCAACACUGAGCUAGAGAGCAUGCGGAGGCACAAUAUAGAAAUGUCUGCGUACUUCAGAAGUGAAAUGGAGAGCCUCCAACAGCACACGAUCGAGGUCAUUCAAGAAAAGGAUGAAUUGAUUGCAAAAUUGCGACGUGAAAAUUACAUCCUUGUAGCAGAGAAUGGGGAAAAGAUGCAGUCCUGCAGAUUUAAAUGUGAAACUCCAGAGGAGCAACAAAAUAUAAAUGCUUUGGAGGAUUCAUUAAAAGUUAACCAAGAGACGACGGCAGCAUCUGUUAAUGCGGCUGAAGUGGCGGGUAGUUAUUCAAACCAUGAUGCACAAUGAAGCACAUCGAGUACAUCAGUUCGAUCCGGACUUGUUUUCUCAUAGUUUGACAUGUAUUUGCAUGGUUCUUAUCCAAAGGGUGAUCAAACGAGAUGCUGCUUACAAAGGAGAGGGAACAUAAGGAACUGGGACCUGGUAAUGGAAUAGUAAUGUCCCCAAUGGGACAGGGCAUACGGGUAAAUGGACAGCAAGUGCAUUUAACGAGGCCUGUAAAGCAUUUAUCAGCAAAAAGUGUUUGUAAAUUUAGCAACAGUGUAAAAAAAAAAUUGCUAAUGCACAGAAGAGACAUAUGCAGGCCAACAAGUACCUCAGGCAAAAAUGUACAAGAAAUGGCUCUGAAAGCAAUGGGCCAGAUUUCCCCGGCUAUUGUCCAGAUUCAGGUGCUGCACACCAGCCAGUGCAAGUUGCGGAUGUGCAACACUAUCCUUACCCUGACCUGAUUUGAGAAGAGAUGGAAUGAAAUGACCAAAAUAAGUAGAGCUUCCAGUCAAGAUUUCGAAAAGAUUUUUAAGAGCUCCAAGUCCAAUCGCCAAACCCUUGCAAAAAACAAAUCUCCCCUUUUGCUUUGUUUUAAGGUCAUUACUGUAUAUUAAUGCCUCACAACGUUUGAAUACACUCUCCAAAAGGGAAUAACCGUGGACAGACGUGAUCAUUAUCAUGCAUUAUUCAUCGAAAUUGUAUUGUUGCUCCCUUUUCUGGUCUAUUUAAAGGGGGUCUUCCCUUGAUGUGGACACUAACCUCGUAAAGAAGCAAGUGAUUGAUACCAGGAUGGAAGUGCUUUUGUAACCUUGCCACUUGACUUCAACAUAUUGGAAAUGUAUCCUUACCUCGGUGGUUGCCAGAGUUCAAUAAUCAUCCACAUAACUGUCUUGAAAACUAUUAUGAAUGACAAAUUACUAUAGUGUGGUUUUAAGUCUUCAAUUUAUCUGUACGCUAUCCAGUUCUUAACUUUCAAGCUUUAAAUGUGAUCAAUCCUAGUUUACGCUAUUGCAAUCACAUCAUUCGCAUGCUAGUUUGUGCUCUCUGACAUUUAUUUUGUUAGACAUUUUACAUGACAGUAGCUGAUUACAAAAGCAGAACUCACAAUGAAAUGUGUGAUACAGGAAUAACGUUAUCGGAAUAAGUUUGAAAAAAAAGAAAAAAAUACAAAUGUAGGUGACCUUAACAGAAGAGCGUCAGUUUGUUUUCUCUGUUCAUUGGAGAGGUAUUCAUAUUUUCUGACAGAGAAGACCUAAAGCAAACCCAUCAGAAUGAAGUUCAAGUAUUUGUAGAAAAGCAUACAAAAACUGGAACAUUCACAUAAUUGUAAUUCUAUACAUUCUUUUGGACUGACUAAGUGGGUACACACACAAUCCAAGCAAAUAAAAUGCUAACAGACUCAACAAAGUCAAACUCUUUAUUUCAUUAUUUAACAUUUAUUUUUUUUAUUUAGUAUUUAUUUUCAAAUCAAUGAUGACACAACGUUUAUCUGGCAUUAGCAUGUGCUAACUAAGCAGGAGCAACGUCGAUGGUACUCGCAUGGCAAUUAAUCGGCUCAUUUGUUUUCUACUUAUGGCCCACCGCUACACAUGCUUAUUACAUUCAUUAAAUUUGCCAAUUGCAUUUUUUACCCUGGGGGUUGGUAGGUUGCUUUGAUUGGUUGGUUGGGUUUAGAACUUUUUGUACAACUCUUGAGUGGUCGCUAUAUUGCUGCUCAUUGGAACAAACAUUUGAAUGGAUUACAUUCAUUAAUUUGGCAAUUGGAGUUUUUACCCUUUGGAGGUUGGGGUGGGGCUGGCGUUGGUUGGUUUCAGAAUGUUUGUAGAAUUUUUUUUUGGGGGGGUGUUCUACGAUAAAGACGACAGCGGCGUAGGUGCUAUGUGAAGUUGUGAGGAACGUUGAGUAGGUCAUCAGAGAAUGUGACUCAAACGGAACAAUCACGAGAGAUGAACUCUGCAGCAUUCUCUGCGCAGCAACUUUAUUCGACGACUGUGUGGCAAGCUCUGCAGAGGUGCUUACAAGGGACAAUGCGAAGGUCAAGUGCUGGAAUGGGGCAUUGCGAAAUGCAUGACUGCACAAGUAUAGAGUGGCGUUAAGAGUAUCAAAUACUUACAGAAGCACAUUUUUUAAAUCAUUUUGUAUUAGUAGCUCUUUAUGAUGCCUAUUUUUAAUUUGAUAUACAACCUAGCAUCGGAUUUUCAUUUGCUUUUGUGACAGUUUGGCUUGAAUUUUAAAUUAUUGACUCUUAUACAUGAGGGAUAUACGUAAUAUGCAUAGUGCAGAUUCUGUAUGUGUUGAGUCAUCAUUACCGUCCUCACCAACAAUUAUUGACAACAGAUUUAGAUUAAACCUGGCGGAAAACAAGAUUGGACGCAUCCAUAGCAACAUCCAAAUCAAACGGCGUAACACUUACGGUUGACAAGCAUUAUGCUUCAAAGUUUCAUCAUGAAACUAGCAAAAUUACACAUGUCACAUUGCAACAUAAAGUAAAGAAAAUGUAGACUUAGGUCCCGUUCUACAAGUAGGGUCCUUUCUCGUGGAUGUUUUUACAAUAGCUUGAGUAUAUGAGGACAUUAACUGCAAUCUAGCCAUAUCUAGGCAGAUCCUUUCUUAAGCUCCCAUCAGAAACAAUCAAAGGGGAUUCUACUGUGUUUGAAUUUUCCAUCAUUUAGCAGUUGCACCACUGCAUAGUCAAAGCACCUCCAAUGGCUCCUGCUCCUGCGGUUGCUGAGCCACCCAUGAUUGAUGCCCCCUGCACUUUUCCUGUCACAGGCACUACUCUUCUAGCAACCAGCGUGAGCCCUUUCAAAAACACUUGCUUUUUUUUUGUUCUCAAACACCCGCUAAUCCUCUCAACAUUUAGACACUGCCUGCCACACAGACACAAGUCCACUGACAACAACACUGGGCAAAUCAGGACAGUCAACUGUUGGAAAUCAGGCAACGAAGGAAAAACACUUGAUAUGCAGGCAUCUGCUUUGUAGCUUAUCUCUACUGCUCAACUGUGCAGAGCAAUUGCUGCUUGGCUGGCCCAGUGAGCACCCCCAUCCCCAACCCAUCUUCCACAUCCUCAUUCACUUCUACUCAUUUUGGCCCGAGCCACUUUUCCCCCCAUCUUCAAAGGACAUUAUUGGAAUUAUUUCCAAUCAUGUCAAUUGUAAUUCAAUGGGAUGAUUUUCCCUCAAAUCCAAAAUUGAGUCUUUCUAGUACUAUUGAGGUACACUGCACCAAGCAUGAAAAAAGCUCUUUUGAUUAAAGGAGAAAAUAAAUGAGCACUUAAACUACUCUAAAUCAUUGCUGAAAUUAAUGCUUAUUAAUAUGCAUUCUACAGGACCAACUGAAAAUCAUUCAAGGUGCUUUUAGUUCAUGCGUGGUGUGCUUUGUUUAGUCCAGAAGACGAAUUGAGUUAAAAAUAAAAAAUAAUCUUCUGAUAGUCUGAAUAGCCAAAAUGAUUAAACUGAAAUUAAUUGGAGGAUUGAGUCGUGCACGUUUAUUUUAAGGGAAAGGGACUGUAAAUCUUGAUUACGUUUUACAUUCUGGGUGGGUGGCGGACAGUAAUUCAAAAAUAAAUGUCUACCACUUGGCCACUGUGCCGCCGAGGGAGACCAUAAAAUUGUUUUUCUUUGUUAUACAGUUUUACUCCUCCCUCCCCUCACAUUUCCAAUUCAUAAAACAAACUUUUCACAUAACCUUUAGCGCCGCUUCUCAAAUGAUUGGGAGUUAACAUUCUUCAAUAGCAAUGAGGCAGGAUGACACCACUUCUCCAAAUAUGUAACAAGGUGUGUUGGCUUCAAGCUACUAGUUGCUCCCAAUUGACAUUUAGCCUACUGUAAAAUCUCUUAAUCCAUUCAUGGGCAGCGUCCCAUUUUUGGGACAUGAUGAUUUUCACGCAUUAUAUCCUUCACUAUAUCAAAAUAUUUAAGUGUUUUAAUCUGAAGCCAUAAUUUGGUAUCAGGAGAGGAUAACUCAUCGGUCAAAGUUAGCACGGAGUUAUUUCCCUUUCUUUCCUGACCCAACAUUGCUGCCUCAAGUACACAUGGAGCGUUUUCCAAGAGAGGAAAGGGAGAAAGGUCAGUAUGCAACCAAGUUUGUCAUCAAAAUGCUAAUCCUUCAGCAUUAUUAAUGUGUAAGUGUUGUUCUAGAAAAAGGAUUAAUAAACAUAUCUCUAGUAUGUACGACUUCACAGAACUGAUAACAUACCCGUCCCGUUUUGGGACGCUGCCCGUGAGAGGGUACAUCUUUUUUGCCCUUUGUUUUAUGUGUUCAACGAAAAACAAGUGUUAUUUCCUUGAUUGUGGCCCGUUAGGAGACUUUUAACUCAAUAAGGCAAAAAAUUGCCACCCUGCCCAUAAAUGGGUUAAAUGUGGUGUAUUCAAAACCAAAAUGUUUAACCUAAACAAGCUCAGCUGGUUAAGUGUUUACA